GAACACAUAUAACCAGUUCAUCAAACUAUCCAAGAAUGUCAUAAGCCAAGUCAUUUAAAAAUUAAGGACUAAAAAAUUCUUGUCCCAUCCUUUGGACAUGUUUUUGGGACAUUUCCUACUUAAAAUAACACAUAGCAAUGUCACCAGCCUGAUUUAUCUAUAAUAAAUCACCAACAGUAAUGAGAAAAUCUGCCAGUUGCUGCGUUUACUUUUUUCGACUUACGUUAUAAAAUAGACCCUGGUGUUUUCCUAGUUUGAAAUAAAGGUGAGAAAGCCUUAUCUGUCCACUAUAUAAGCAACCGAAGGCUGUCUCUUGGCCUCAUCAACCUCAGGUAGCUUUUCUCAAUAUUUCAGCCUUAUCACUCAGAAAUCGUUUAAUCCGAAGGCAAACAUUCAAUGGCAAUUCAAGGUUCCAUUGUUGCUUCAAUCUUGCUCUCGUAUUUGGUGGCAGCUUGUUAUGGUGCAACCUUCUCUUCUCUGCAGAAUACUCUCGUUGUCACUGCUUCACCUCAAGCGGGACAAGUUCUGAAAGGUGGGGAAGACAACAUCACAGUGACAUGGUCACUCAACAACACUUUCCCAGCUGGAACAGAUUCUGACUACAAGACGGUAAAAAUCAAGCUUUGCUAUGCACCAAUUAGCCAACAGGACCGUGCAUGGAGAAAAACAGAGGAAGAGUUAAAAAGGGACAAAACCUGCCAGCACAAGAUUGUUGCGAAGCCAUACAGCCCUUCUACCAACACCUUCACCUGGACAGUGCAGAGAGAUGUGCCGACUGCUACAUAUUUUAUUAGGGCCUACGUGCACAACUCUGCUGAUAAGGAGGUAGCCUUUGGCCAGACCACGGAUUCUCACAAGGCCACCAACUUGUUCGAGGUCCAGGCGAUCUCCGGCCGUCAUGUCUCUCUCGACAUUGCAUCAGUUUGCUUCUCGGCUUUCUCCGUGGUGGCUUUGUUCGGAUUCUUCUUCCUGGAAAAGAGAAAGGCCAAGGCAUCCCAGAAGAGCUGAUUUGAUUUUGGGAUAAUUAUUGCCAUCUAUUGCAUGCAUUAGGCUUUAUGAUAUCUGUGUUGUGUAAUAGCAAAUUCUGUGUUUCAUUACAUGUGAACCGUCAGUGUCAAAAAGCAUCCUAUCAGGCUUGUCCAUUAGGUGCUUGCGAAUGAUUUGAAACCAUUGUAUGAUGUAUAAGGUUGGAUGAGAGGUUUGGGCUAAGAAGUUAAAUGAACUGCAGUUCAUUUACCUACCAUAGUUUCCUUAUCCUUGUCUCGUACUUUAUUCUAUAUUAUUUGAUACAAUUUCAGA